AUGGACGCUAGCUUGGAGAAGUUAUUGCAAAAUGAUGGUAAACUCUUUCAACCUGGUUAAACCCUUUAUAAAAUAUAGUAUGUUGAAAAAGUUUUUGCUCUUUCAGAAACAUUCAAGCAAUUCUUGGAAGAUAAUUUUGAUGACAGAACAUAUGCAAACAACAUAAUUCAAAGUCGUGCCAUCAGCGAGUCGCUUGCCAGGUUGGCAGAUGGAAUAAACCUUCUGGAUAAAGAACUUCACGCGCAGGUCUGCUGUUUAAUUUUUCACCAAAAUUAAAGAGUUACAGUUUGAGAAAUAUAGCGAAUGAUUACGUUUUGACGAAAAUGUAUCGUUGUUUUGUUCAGAACAGCUGAUGUGGACAAAUUUAUUUGGAUGCAUGCAUAAUCACUAUUUUCCUCAUAGUUCCAGGCCACAUAAUUUUUUGUUUGGUUUGCGUAAAUGAAAAUGACGAUUUGACUGCAAAUUCAAACUAACUUUUCUGUAGCUUUCGUUCAAUUAAGGAACGCUUACCUUGUAAAACUUGAGAUGACCGUACAUUCUUUACGCAGUUUUUGUCACAGAUUAUGAUGAUCAGAUAAUUAAUUAACACAGACGAUGAUAAGAGAUGAGGGAUAUUUUUCGGAAAAGUAGCGUUAGUAAACAGCCCUGAAAAACUGCAUCUGUUCGCCCAGUUUUACAUUUAGAAUCGAAAUAAUGAUAGUCUUGAAAAUUGGGAAAUGAAACCUAAUGAACUGGUUUUUUUGAGCUGUGAUCUUCACUACUGUUAACGUUCCCAAGGGUUAUAUUUUAUAACAUGGCUUCACACCUUUCAACCCUUUGCAUGCACCCUAACAUUAGUUUGUAUAUUCUCCAUACUUUCUCUUUACAUUUCUUAUGGUGUUGACAAGGAGAAUUUGCUUAACAAUCAAGAGCUUCUUUAGUUGGUGAUCAUUUCCUGUCUUCUUGUGACCUUACAGUUUGAUUCAGGGGAGAUGUUGUGACGAGAACUUCAUUACUUUCCACUCAAAGGGUUUAAGGGUUAAGUUAUUUGGACUUAAAUUAGGCAGGUCUCCAAAAGGGUAAAAGAAUUGUUAAGAUUUAUACCUGCAAAUUCACGGUGGUAAAUCUUUCUUUUUAGUUGUUAUUAGACUUAAUAGGCUUUUUAUUAUUUUCUAGGUUGUUGAACACCAUGAAGAUCUUUUGCAACAGGCAACAGGAAUUGAAACACUGGAAGGUAAGAAACAGGCAUUUUAUAAUCAUUGGUAAAUACAUUUGUAAUAAUUUACUUAUUCUUAAUGUUAUAAGAGUAUUAUAAGCUCUUUUAUUAUGCCACAUACUAGCAAGUUUUAGAAGAGCUAAAAAUGAUGCUAUAAACAGUGUAACUUGCUUUCUUGAUAUAGAGAAAAUUAUAUUUUCUUCUUUACCAAACUUUUUUGUAACUAACACUCUUGUUUAUGAUAAAUUUAUAUAAGAAAUUUUUUAUCUCAUAAGGUGUUCUACAGAUGAUGCAAACCAGAAUAAACUCUUUGAAGGCUUCUGUUGAAAGGCAAGAUUUCAGUGCUCUUGUUAAUUCUAUUCAUUGGAAGUAAUCAGUUUAGUGGGUUACAUGAUAAUCUUUUUCAGUGAUGUAUAAUCAGCUGAUUUUUCCACUUUAACCAGAAUUCAACAGCAUGUUGUCGAACCAUAUUUUAAGAUUCAAUCAAGAACAGCUCAACUGCGUCGCCUUCAGGUAAUAACCCUUUACACCUUAAUAUUGUUAUGCAUAUUCUCCAUACUGUUCUCUGUACAUUUCCAAAGGUGUUGAUGAGGAGAAUCUGUUAAACAAUCAAGAGUUUCAUGAAUUGACAAUCAUUUCCUUUAUUCACAUGACCUUAAUGUUUGGUUCAGAGGGGAUAUUGUAAGGAGAAAUCAGAUGCUCGUCACAUUCAGGGGCUGGAGGGUCAAAAUAUAUAAAACAGUUAUAGUCAUGGUUAUUUAUCAAAAUUUUAAGGUAAUGUUUCCCAGAAAACUAGAUUACUUUCUUGUUUAAUCUGUAUCAGGAAGCCUGUGAUAUCUUGAGAAGAGUUAUAAGGGUGCUUUAUCUAACCAAACGGCUUCAAGGUCAACUUCAGGGUGGAGCAAGAGAAAUCACUAAGGCUGCUCAAAGUCUCAGUGAACUGGGUAAGGAAGUAGAAAAAAAGUGGAGUGAUUAUGCAGUGUUAAUUAAUGAAGUUUAUCUUUGGAUUCUGUGGCUAACAGCAUGCUCCAUGCCUAUUUCGAAGUGGUUUGAUCUGUCCAUUAACUAGUGGGAGAAGUAUAAGCACCUUAUAACUACCAAAAGCAUGGCAUUCCAAAAAAAUUCCUUCCAAAAAAAACCCGCAAUGUGCAUCUGAUUUUAGUUUUGGUGGUCAAUUCAUCUUUCAGAUUACCUUGUCCAAGGAGCAGACCUUUCUGGAAUCCAGGUAACAUUUAGCUUUUCACUCCUUAGAUCUUAAUGCCAGUUUUUUUUUCCUGUCCCGUUUUUAAUUUACAGAACACUUUACACCCUAACAUCAGUUAACAUAUUCUCCAUACUAUUUUGUACAUUUUCUAUGGAACUGAAAGGAGAAUUUGCAUGACUAUCAAGAGCAUCUUUAAGAUGGUGAUCAUUUCUUUUAUUCUCAUGACUUUAAUAUGUGAUUCUGCAGGGAUACUGUAAGGAGAAAUUAGAUGGGAAUCAAUCUCAAGGAUUAAAAGUCUAACAAACAUUUUACAUUUCAGGCAAUAGAAAAUGACUUGAAAGUGGCUGCCAAAGCAAGGAUAGAAGUGGAAAAUCAGGCAGAGAGAAUGCUAGCUCAGGGCAUGGCAACACAGGUACACUUUUCAUAAUGAAAGUAUACCUGAUUCUUUAACCCUUUAACUCCAGAAGAGAUUAAUAUAAAACUUCUCCCUACAAUAUCCAUACAUUCUUCAGCAAACAGGUAAUAAGAAUAUUCAUAUUUAUUGGGUAGAAGCUGCUAUCUUGAUCUUGGACCAAGUUGUCGUAACUAAUUUACAAGGAAACGUGUAGGAGCUACAGGGGAGAAUUAACAAUCAGAUCUUGGGACUUAAAGGGUUUAAGGGAUGACAUAGCCAAGUGUAUCUCACAAGAUUUACUUCUUAUUUCUCCUUUCUAAUUACAGCCAUAAAUUUCAAAGGUAGUUGGUCAAUAGAAUAAGGCCUCUUGGAUAAUGUAUCACUGUGCCUGGUUAGCUUAUGUGGAUGAGCACCGGACUACUGUGCAGGAGGUCAGGGUUCAAGACCCAGACCGGACCCACACUCAGGGUCUUAAAAUAACUGAGGAGAAUGUGCUGCCUUUGCUACGACAUCUGCAAGCAGUUAGACAUUCUAGUCUUCUCAGAUCAGGAAAAAAAGCCGUAGGCCCUGUCUCCUGCAUCUUCUUGGUACUGGUUAGUAGGGGACGUUAAAGAACCCACACACUUAUCGCAAAGAGUAGGGGACGUAGUUCCUGGUGUUGUGGUCUGCCCUAGAUUCUGAAAUUGGGGGCAUCUGCUAAAUCUCCUUCAAAAAAAAAUUGUAAACUGCUUAAUGUAGUCUGACCAAAGUCCCCCGCAAACUGUUGUAAAGUGCCAUGAGCAAACAUGGAUAUGGCGCUAUAGAAAUACAUCAUUCAUUCAUUCAUUCAUUGGAAUUAUCUGGAGAAACAAGUCAUUAAUCACUUCUACAGGGUUCUAAUAGUACCCAGGUAGCAGGUAUUAAUGAACUGGUUACCUACUUGUUGCCUUGACACAUGUCAUUUUACUCAUAAUUUACAAGUAAAUGUUUUUAAAUUUGUUCAUUUUGAAGUGUAGGAAUGAAAAAUGAGUAUAAAUUAGAAGAGAUCCUAAAAUUCAGGAGUAUACUACUGCAUGAGUCUAUAACUUCAGAAUUUCAAAGGGUAGCGUGAACCUCCUUUUCAGCAGGAGGUCCUUGAGGCUAUAAAAACUCUGACCCAGCUUUCUAAAUCACCCAUUUGUACCAUUAAACCACUGGUUCUGGGGAUUAAAUCGUUAAUGAUUAAAAAUUCUUCCUUUUGCUGUAGAAUCAAACCCAAGUGGCAACAGCUUUGCAAGUGUUCUACAACUUGGGCUCGUUAGCCAGCACAGUUAAUGAAGUGGUGGACAAGGUGAGGGAAAACCUGACAACCAGUGUUAAAGAAGCCUUGGAUCCUAACACUCUCUCACAGAUUCAACCUAAUGCAGGUAAAGAGAAUGAAAAAUUGAUCCAAUUUCUUUUCCUUAGACUUGUUGUACUUGAUUUCUUGUUGAGAAGGUGUCUCCUCUAAAUUACAAUAUGACCUCACCAGAAUCAAUGACUUUACUGUGGACCACUGAACCUAGAGAUCAUUAAGCUACCCGUUCAUCUUUACCUUCCAUCUUGUUCUAGGAGUUGCUUCCAUAAAUACCAGUCAGCAGGUUAACAAUUAGCUUUUAUAUCAUAUAAUUUAGGAGCAGGAGGUCCUGGGCGUGCAGCCAUUCCUACCCCAGGGAACACAGCAGCUUGGAGAGCCACUCUGUGGACCAGAUUGGAGCAACUUAUGGACUCUAUCUACUCUGCUUGUGGCCAGGUAGAGCUAACUUUACCUGAUUAGGGAUUUUAUUAUGGGGCCAGUCACCAAAUAUGAUCUACUAUUCUGAUCUAAAGCCUUAUAAGGCCUAUUAUUACAGUGCUAGUCAGGCACUAAAUAAUGUUAUUUUUUCACAAUCUCGUUUUUCUUAGUUAGUUUCCUCACAAGCUUUUAUUGAUUUUGUUGAUAGUGCAAUAAUUAAAGUUGCUUCACUGUCAUGUCCCAGGUUCAUCAUCUUCAAAAGGUUUUGGCAAAGAAACGAGAUCCUGUAACUCAUGUUUGUUUCGUGGAGGAAUUGUUGAAGGUAUUUCAUCCAGUCUUGAAAUCUGAAAAUGUAUAAAUUUAAAGAAAACUAAACCUGACUCAACUUCACCGUCUCGUUUCCUUUCAGGAUGGGAAAUCUUGUAUCACCUCAUUCUGGAAUUCAGUUACUUCAAUUUUGACGGAAGAAUUCGCACAGGCUGCCCAAGGUUAGUUGCUUUCUAGGGUCGUUUUACUCAAACACUGCAAGAAUUUUGUGUUAUUAUGGCAAACAGGAAAAAAAAGCUCUUCAGUUAUUGCGUAGGAAAGCGUGGUCUGUUAAUACAUUAUGUAGGAAACUGAUUGACGUGUUUAAAACAGAUAAUGCAUUUUAUUAUGUAAACUACGAUGUUUUACAAGUAUUUUCAGCCCUGAGGAAAGCAAUAACUGAACACGUGUAAAAUUGCGAUUUUUUUUAAAGCGUGUUUGAUAUCGCCAAACAGCUGCUGAUACGACAUUUGCCGUCAGGUCGUUGAACGAAUGGCAAAACGUUUACAUUUCUCAUUCCAAAGUCGUUUGUCGAAUUUUCUUGUCAGCAAAGGCCUAUUAUGUUUUUAUAAUAAACAAAUUAAAACACGGUUGCCAGCAGAUAUGGAAUUUCUUUUCUCGUGAUCAAGCACUAUCUCACUCGUUAACCGUGCUCACUCUUGACAUAUCGAGUUGAACGCUCGAAGAGAAAUAUGAAAUCUACGCGUGCCUAUGUAUUAUUCUCUAUUUGAAGUCAAUCUUCUUUAAUUAUUUGUUCGAUUCAGCCUCCACUUUUUUGAAGCAAGCAUUUGAAGGAGAGUACCCGAAACUACUACGGCUUUACAAUGAUCUGUGGUCUCGGUUACAGCAAUUUAGUGGUGCCUCAAAUGCUCCUACUCCUGGCAUUGUUCCUCAAAUUGAACCUUCCUUUAGUCUGUUUCCAAGCGCUGAGGACCAGUUUAGUUUGAGGUACGUUAAACAUGCUUAAUGUAAUGUACAACACUUAGGAAGCGGCUAGAGUCCCCAAAAGUGGGGAGAAACACUCGACUACAUGUACUUCUCCAGUUUCCCCCUACACUUCCUUCGUGCUCUAGCCGCUUCCAGCGUGCUUUACAACAGAACUGAGUACAAAAAGGUAUUUUGGUUUUAUCAACUGAGUUAAAACGUAAAUUGGCCAACGUGAAGAGUUUCAAAGAUGACGUUUCGAGCGUUAACCCUUUGUCAAAGCAAAUGUGAACAGACCAGAGCACAGUUGAGGCUUCUUUAUCUGUUAAAUAGUGCUAUAUUGUACUUUGUGUUACUUUUGUUGCCGAGAUGACACUGAAUAGUUAACAAUUAUUCCAUGCACAAAGCAUUUUCUAAUAACUAUCGAGCAACUUGGCUAAAUUUAGCACCAGCCAAUCUAUAAACAUUUUUUUUCGCAGUCCAGAGCAAGCCCUGAAGAACAGCCUAGCCCCCUUUGAGAUUGCCUACCUGUCGAGAUCUUUAUCCAGAUUACUGGACCCAAUUAACCUGGUGUUCCCAUCUGGUGCGCGGAACCCUCCUUCCAAGGAGGAGUUAGCCAGUAUUGCCAAGACGAUUUCAAGGUAAGAAACCAUGACUCUUGUGUGGAAUACGUUACGUACAUGUCAGUCAGUGUCUGCGCAUUCUUAAAUGCACCUUAUAUUUCCUUAAAAAAUACGAUAAAAUUGAAUAUUAGUCGGAAAGAUUUGAAACUAGAUUGAUUUGUAUUUUUCUUAUCUCUUGAUAAAUUAUUGUAACUCUUUGCAAAAAGGAAAAAAAAACUAAUUUUUUAAAAUAAUUGAAUGCCUUUUCGUAUCAUUCUAGUGAGCUGAGUGUGGCCAGUGUAGAUGUUGGACUCACAAUAACUGUAGCCAGAAAUGUCGCCAAAACAGUGCAGCUGUACACAGCAAAAUGUGAAGAACUGGUGAGAGACUUGGUUUGAUAUCUAUUUCCUUUCAAUACAACCUUAUAUUAGCCUGUGGAGCGCUUUUCUAUAGAUUGUCGUAGAAAAAAACCAAAGGAGAAAGGACAACACACUGUACCUUAAAGAGAACCUUGAGUAAAAACAACUAAACUGCCUAAAGCGCGGGAAAACGCGGGCGACGAAGUCGCGACUGGUUUUAAUUUUGCAUCUGGUUGGUCGAGAGAGCGGCUCGAGUUUUCUGGACCAAUCACAGAGCGAAGAAAAGAAAAACCAAUGCAAUCUCUGGUUACUUUCGACACUCAAUUACAAAUCGUUCUUAUUCAGAUGUCUUGGCGCUUAGUCACUGAUUUUUUACUAUAAAAUAUGAGCGCAGUAACUCAGGUCACUUCUUUCUAUUCAAAAAAUUGUGGCGAAAAAAGGGGCGACAACUCUGUAACUCUCCUUUUUGAAUGUUUUAGGGAGACAUCGUGUAAUUACUCCAGAAAUUGUAUAAACAAAAGAUUUAUAAAUCAAAUUUAUUUAUUCUCAAUUAAUUUAAAAUAUGUCUAAUAUUCAAUUGAAGUACUCUACAUCCGCCAAGGAGGUAAAGUGUUCGUUAUCUCAUUAUUUUCUCUAUUUCAUAUUCUCACUUGUUUUUUCCCCUAACUUAUCGCCAUUUUCUUUGCUGGAUCUAUCUUCACGCGACCAAGUUUCCGUUUCGUUUCUAUGUUCAACUGUAUUUGGACGUUCUUUGCUGUCGUAAUUAUCAGGGAAAUUCAGUUCUUCGAUGCUUGUGCUUAUGGUAGAAUUGCUGUAGGACUUUAUAGAAGGCCUAUCUCUUUCGAACUUGAAAUCUUUUCCAAGGUUUAACGAGGUUUGAUUUUCCACCCCUGCAGUUGAAGAAUAAUCCUUUGAAAAUUUGAAAAUCUCUCUCAGUUCUGUGUGCGACUUUGUUGUAUUCAGCUGAUACGUUCCUGAAGAAUCAGUUAGGUUCAUUAGUGGCUAUGAUUAGUUAAAAUUUCGCUCACACCCGCUCGUAACGUUUCCUGUAAAGCAUUAUCCAUGAAUUAAUUUUUCAUGCCUUUCGUAUGUCGGGUGCCAACGAUAUGCGAUCUAAACUUUGGAAGUAAUUUUCAUAGCAUUAUAGUUCAGUGGCUUUAAAACUUACUCCAGAAAUUGUAUAACUAGAUUGAUCUUACCACUUCAAAACUACCUCUAAAAUGCUCACAGAUAUACUUGCUAAGGCUUAAGGUUUGGCUCGCGACUUGCUAACUCCGAGGUUUUUCCUUCAUUGAAUGGGUCAAAUACUACCAUUCUAAACCUUUCCUAGUUUCUGUGACGUGUAGCGACCAUGCAGAAUUGUUACUACAGUACCCCCGACGGGAUGCUAGUCAUCACAGACUUCCCCACCCCUGUCUCUCCUUUUUUUUUUUUUUUUUUUUUUUAACUUUGGUUUAUCAACCCAUACUUACCAAAAUGACAACCGCUUCAACCUAAUAAGAGGUGGUAAGAAUAAGAAUCCGCCAUUUAUGAAGUAUUGUCAGAAUCUCCGAAGUAAUGUGCAAGAGAUAUAUCAAGGUGGUUAUAGAGGAUUAGAAAGCCCUUCACCACUGACCUGAGAUUGAGAGUGAGUCAGACUAGAGUCAGAUGUAAGUUGGACGCCUACACCGCUUGUCUGAAGAAGAGAAAUAGUUUAGUCGAGAAGAGUGCUCAUGACGAAAAUAUCGAAAGGGAAGUUUCUUUAUAUCGUGAAGUUACGUUACAUGUAACGCAACGCUGCAGCGAGAAGAACGUAGUGCGAUUUCUGCGAGAGAUGACUGUGUCAUUAGAGAAACAAGAUAUAGGACGCGACUAUGAAGGGAAUGAUAGCUAAGAGUUUUAAGCUUGUGCAGUCCGUGUCCAGGGUCUCUUUCCUAAUGAACCCUUUUCCAUUUUCUCAUAAUCAUUUAGGUGUUUUACAAUCUUACGUAUAUUUAGUUUUAGCUGUGGUUGCUCUGUUUCUCGUUUUGUGAAUUUCUACAGCAAGUAUUUUAACAAGUCGACAUAUUUGCUUUUCUUUGUUUCCUCUGUUCGCUUUAAAACGUAUUCGGUUUGGAUGACAAUGGGACCAUAAAACACGGAAACACGAACAACGCAUUGACACAAACCACGUUCUUCCUGUUCAUGGAUAAGUGUUCAUAUCAAUGCUUUUACGUAUUGCUUGAUCUUUACCUAUCACAAAACUCUCCCAUAUUUCAGUUGGUAGCCAAAAUAUCCACAUUAACCGUGAAAUCUACUUUAACCAAAGAGACGCUUAUACUGUUUUACUGAGUGCGCCAAAUUUCCUUACAUCUUACCUCGUUUACAUGGUAUCACACUUUGGAUUUCCUUCGCUGCGCUCAAAACGGAAGUGAAAACACUUGAUAACAGCGAGAGGCCUAGGGCCAAGUACAUUACACGUACUAUCCACAUGCCUCGUUCGUAAGGCGAGUCUGGCUCUUUGCCUUCAUUCGGUACCAGAUCCCCGAAGCCAAUCGUGCUUAGCGCGACGAAACAAUAAUAAACGCAGUCUAGGUAAGUCCAGCCGAAUUCUCGCUCAGAGUAGUAAUACAUGAUUCCUCCAAGAGGAAUCCAGAGCGUAAUGAGAAGGGUAUUUAUGGCAAAGCAUUUAAUAUGCUCUUGUGUUGGUAAUUCUCGCUCAAACGCAGCCUUUUCGAAGUAUUUAAUCAGCAGAUGAAUGCCAUAAUUGAUGUGUUCACCAAUGGAUUGUAGGGUCAGUAGAUUCAAUGGAAUGCCAAAGAGAGCGAAAAAGAUUAGAAACAGUCGACCUUCUUGUGUUUUGGGGGCCAGGUGUCCAUAUCCUGGAAAAAAAAAGACAAAUUGUCUUAUUUCCUGAUUCUGUUAAAUAAAACUACAGCCUUAUAGAGUGUGGUCAUUUUAAGGAAGCAACUGAGCUAGACAAUAAAUAACUUGUUAGACGUUUUGGUGUGUAGUGUCGCUGCGUAUUUUUACUCGUUGUUUGUAUUUUUACUCGCCCUACAGGCUCGUUAAAAUACGGCACAACCCGUAAAAAUACUCAGUGAUACUUCACACCAAAACGUCUAAUGAGAUAAAUUUAUGCUCUGCCAGGUGGUUUCAUUAUUUCGAUUGUGAAUGGGACCCUAGACUGUUGCCAUUCUCAUAAUACAUGUAGCUACCAAGCUUCAGAUUCGAUAUUAUUUAUCAUAUGUGCUUCUAACUUUUAAGUUCGUGAAUGAAACUUUUGACUGAGAUCAUUCAAAUGAAAAUCACUGAAUAUAACUUUCAUGUGAUCCUGUUUUUAUUGGUUUGACCUUAAGUUAUCAGUCCAUAUAUUACAAUCUAAUUUUUGGCCUAUUCAUAUAAAAGCUACCGUAUGGCUCUUCCAUAUGGUACUGUUUGAUAUAUUUACAUGUCAAUGUUUUUGUUCUUACGAUUUUUCACCCUUUUCACUGUAACAUUAAUAAUCACAUUCCCCACACUUUUCUCUUUACAAAAACUAUGGCACUGACAAGAAGAAGUUCUUUUGACUUUUAGGGUUUCUUAAAUUAGUGAUCAUUUCCUAUAAUCUCAUGACCGUUACAUUUAAUUCAAGAGCGAUAUUGUAAGGAGAAAUUAGAAGCCAGUCAUCCUCUUGUAAGAGGCGCGGUGGCCUCAUGGUUAGUGCGCUCGACUCCGGAUCGAAUGGUCCGGGUUUGAACCCUGGCCGGGGUCAUUGUGUUGUGUUCUUAGGCAAGACACUUUACUUUCACAGUGCUUCUCUUCACCCGGGUGUACAAAUGGGUAGCCGCUUCAUGCUAAAGGAAACCGGAGUUAAGCGCCGGCCUCACGGGCCACUUGGGCCUGUAUAAAGGCUUUACUUUUUUUUUACAUCCUCAGGGGUUAAGGAAGUUUUUGUCAAUGUUAAAUUUACAAAGCUUACUUCUUACCAAUUGUGGUUGUUACACUUCCAACGAAGUACAAUGACUGAUAAUAACUCCAGUCGUUGUGACUGUACUUGCAUCUGUGCGCCUUUUCAAACAGAAAACGAAGCUCCGCAAUAUAUAGGUCUAUGACAUCCAUGGUUUCGUUAAAUCUUUGCGUCAUAUUCUCCUUUAACUGAUCGAUUUUCUUUGCAAAGUGGGCACCAGUUGAUUGCCCAUCGUGCUCUAGUGCCGAAAAUAUCGCCGCACCCGAUGUGAGGUACACUAUUAACAUGGCAACUCGCAGAAAAAGUGUUCUUGUCUUCCUUUUCAUUUCCAUGUCUGUUCACUUGUUUGGAUGAAAGUUGAAGUUUUUGUUAGCGGAAGGUCUCCAGACUGCAGUUUUUCUGCGAAAACAUCAAAAUGUGGAGAGAGGUUAGAUCGCGUCAUUAUGCAAAAGUCGGGCAAAAUUUGGGAAUAUUUUCGCUAGUGAAUGGCUGGUAAUCUCUAGCUGAAGGAUUUUGCAUCUGAAUAGAAAUAGUAAUUUUGUUCAAAUAUUCUUUUGAGCAACGAUCGAGGUUACCUUUUUAACCCAAUAUGGAACCUUUUGGGCGUCGUGGUGUCUGAAAUCCCUGGGCAAAGGGCGAAUUCAGACAACUCUCCCUCUCUACUAGCUUUCCUUAUGGCAGCUCGACGAGUGUUUUUUGAGAAUAUGUCGCAACUAUUUGAAAAAAACUGCAGCAACACUUAAGCCUGCUGACAACUUAAACUUGGGUAACAAUGUCACCGAUACGAAGACAAUGCUGAUGGAUUAAGGGAGGGACAUUGCAAACCCCAAAUCACAAAAUUCUGAGCCUUUUUAAUGCCAUUUGUUUGUGAUAAUCCUCUAUAACGUCGAUUUUGUUGCUUUUGUUUUGCAUUUUUUUAUCUUCAUGUGAAUUUGGUUCUGGCCUUAGUUAUUAAAUUCGAUUGCAAGUUGCACAUUUUAGGCACGCGUUUUAACUUUUGAUGUUGUUUUUUUUACUCUUAAACUUUUUCAAGCUUUUCACUCUUAGUUGGCUAUCACAAACUUGUCAGAGGAAAAUUUGAAGUUCGUAUUUUAAUUAAAAAGAUUUAAAAGAUUUAGAAAGGAAAAUAAUUCCAUUUUGAAACCAUAACGAGUCUUACUAAAAUUUAUUUAUUAUGAUAAUGGCAACUAAACCAGCUGCGUUGUAACCGCAAUGGUAGAAAGUGAAACGUUGCACGAAUGUCUAAAAAUUCCUUUACGUCUAAAAUCACCGAAAUGCGCGCAAUUUUCGAUGUGGAACGUUUGUUUGUUCGGAGAUUUACCAGAGUUAUUUUUUUUGUAUAACAUUGUCUUUCAAUUUGCGUUAUGUAAAUCUUUCUUGAUUGUUCAGUUUAAUAAUUUAUAUUGGUUACAUUUUUUUAACGAAGCGAACUGUUAUUUGUUGCAAAAUCUCUCUUGUAACUUGACUGGUUCUUCAUGACACGAAUGGAGACCUGUGUCGUGCUACGAAAGUAUCGUUUCUUGUAAUGAAACCCUACUAUAGAGUUGUACAUUUUAAACUGAAAUAUUAAUUUAAAAGAACCGAUGCUUGUAGAUGUCGUUAGUUAAAAUCCGAUUCCGUUCCUAUUUCUGACUUACGAGUUCAGUCAAUUAAAAUUAUUUAGUAGUUUUUCAUCUGGUGUUGUUUCCUUACAUCAUUUUAUCAAGUAUAAGUGAUUUGUUUUUCCUUCAUCAUCAAAUUUUCAUCCAUGAUGAGAUUCAAAUAAUUUUACACUUGUUUUGUAAGUGGUGUUUGUUUUGCUUUUCAAUUUAUCCCUAACUUACAUAUUUUCGUCGACAAUGUUGGCAAAUGUCGCCUUUGAAAUGAGAAUGUAAGUUUUGUUACCCAUUUCAGGUCUUAAGGGAAUUCUUAGGUCUACCUUUGUAAGUUAUACGUACACAUGCAUAUGAUUAAGUGGAAAUAAUAAAAAAGAAGCAUUUUUCUUGAGUAUUAUCACUUGAACUGAAAUAAGUUAAUAAAACAUACACGCUUAAGAGAUCUAUUCUUACAGACAGCUGGGUUAAAAGAGAAACCUCUUGCGAAUGUUUUCCUUGUUUAUCAUCGUGGCCUAAAUAUAUACAACAUGUAAGGUUUCCGUGAGACAGAACGCGUCAACUUUGCAAAAGAAGCACAUUGAAACAAACCUUUCAAAGCCUUUCUUUGGGAAAAUGACUCGUUUUGAGUUUUACGUUUCCCAUUUUGUCUUCGUUGGUAGGGUUUUGCUUUGUACUUCGUUCGUUGCCUAAAAUCCUCUGUUUUACGUAUUUCUUCCUGAGUUGCACCGGUUUUAUUUUACACCAUUUUUGAGGGUAUUGUUUGUCAGCGGCGGUGAUUUCUACUUGCGGUUCUUUUAUGCUGUUAAGGGUUUUGAAACUCUUUGUCUCAUCACAACCGAUACUUAAUCCGUGCCGUUAAUUAAGAGCAAAUUUCCCCAAAAGUACGCGUGAAAACAAAAGAAAACAUGCUUUAAUUAGCAGGUUUUCUAAACGUGUACAAACAAGCUUGAAGUUUCUCAGCCUGCAUUACAGCUGAUUUCGACGUCAUCCAUUACUUUGAAUUGAAAGAUUUGGCGUUAACUUAGGUUUCUUAUGACAAUCUUAAGGGUCGGAAAUAUUUUCAAAGGUAGUCUUUCUUAAAACUGAGUUGUAUAGGGCUGCAAGGGGUUUCCGUCUUUCCUAGUCAAGCAGGAAAUAUGAACCUCUUUUAAUCUCUGUUUACAGUUUUUUAAACUCUUGUUUACAUGCUUAGGUUUUCCCUACCUAAUCACCAGCCACACAUUUCCCCUCCUCCCCCUCCCCCCCACUUUCUUUUUCUAGCGAUACGUUUGCUCGUUGUAGCUGCUAAUUGCAUAUUUCCCGCUCUUGGAACUGGAUACAUAUUUUCCUGCCUUUUUCUGGGUCUUUAUUGUCCUGCAUAAGUCCAAGACACUUAAGCUUCCACCCUUGGUAUUGGUUGAAUUUUUCUCUCCUUUUUGCUAGUUAUGUGAUACCUGCUCAUGCCGGAUUUAUACUUGAUUUUCCCGGACUUGCACUGGGUUCAUGAAUCAUGAUUUUCCCUUCCCGUACCCAUGUAUUGUCAUGGUGAUCAGAAGAGUCGUUUAAGAGUCGUUGGUGAACUGCUCUUUUUCCAGUAGAAAAUGUUAUAUUUCAUGAAACAACGUUGUGUUUUGGUGACGAAAACUGCGUUUAUUUCUCUGUACAGCUCGUCGCGGGGCCCGAAGGAAAUCAGUUAUAUGACCACGUGACUCCAGCUCAGCAAAAGAACGCUGCCAUUGUGAACAGUUUGUUUCAAUUACACCAAGCCGUGAUCAAGGUAACUGUUCAUUGAAUCUCACAUUUGAUUUCGCGUGAGAGAUGAAGCUGCAGUAAUUUAAAGCUGUAUAACUUCGGACGACAGGGUAAUUAAAGGAAAACUACUUUUUCUCUGGUCAUCAUUAUGUAUAAUAUAGUAGAAUUACAACACUCUGUUUUCUCGAUGUGUUUCUGCCUCCGUUGACUUCUGACUAAUUUCAACAUUUGUAGUUUAGCGUUUCACCGAAAACUCAUUUGAUGUUGUUAUUAACGUAAACUGUCAAAAUGUCUUCACGGCUGACUAAAAUCCUGUUCUUUGCACAAUGCCUUCCAUUUUAUUUACUUUUGUACUUCUCAGAUUGUGGAUGGUCUGUGGUCUCAGUCCCCUGGUGUUGCUGUGGAUGCAAUAUCUACCGGGUUACAGGUAAGAUUUUGCUUGUAGUGAAACCAGUUUGCGUUUUUGAAGUGCCAAUUCAACGACAGUCGUUUUACGUAGUGUCUUUGUUUUUUUUAUAUGAAUUAAAUGAUUUUCAUAUAUUUACAGUCAUUUAUUCAUCUCUUCAUGGGUUUAUUUGGAACCAACCUAACGACCAGCAACCAUUUGUCUAGUUAGCUUAGUUGGAAGAGCACUACACUAGUAUCGUCGAGGUCAUGGGUUCUAAUCCCGUACAGGCGUGAAUUUUUUCUAGGCCUUAUUUUCACUACGGCUUAAGUAGUGGUCAUUACUGCAAAGAUCGCUUCCAUAUUCAUUUAUUUGUCCGCAGUUCAAAAGUAUGAUUUUACAUCUUCACAGUCAUUUGUCUUUGUUUUGUUUGACAGUAAACCACUGUAAAAUGUCUCGGCGUCUUUUCAAUCAGUCAACGUCUAAAUUUCUUUUUGCUGGUUAUCUCCAAGAUGGCUCAAGACUCUGACAGCAAUAGAUUAUAUGAUAAUUUAAUCUGAUUAUUCCACAGGUAUUGCAGGGUACUAAGUUUUUGACCUGUAAAUUUCCACUUUGAGACAAAUCACACAGCUUAGAGAGGCAGAACAAAUUCGUUAGAUUGAAAAUUUCUUGAAAACUAAUUUUCUCAAUCGAUGUUAACACAUUUCUUUGUUAGCUGUUGUUAAAAUUCAUUCAUCUCGGUGAUGAUCAUUUCCUCAAUUCUCUUUACCCGCUUUUAUGACAUUGUUAGGAAAUUGUAAGGAGAAUUUUAGUACUAAUCACUCCUGAAUGCAAAAAUUUUUCUUCUUCCAUCUUAAACCGGCGCUAACUUUGCUAAUGCAAACUGUAUUCAUUGGAAGUUUGCUAGUAAUUGAUAUCUUCUUUUUCAACUCUAAAAAUAAAAGUCGAUUCUAUUUCGUUAAUUGGUUAUUCGAUAUCUUUCAUCCUUUCUUAAAAAGCCAGUUUAUCGCCGGCCGCUUUGAAUAAUUAUAUUAUAGUUAUAAUCAAGCACUUUCGUGCAUUUUUAUUUUUAUAUCUUUGUGGUAUCAUAUCUGAUAAUCUCUUGUCAAAAUUCUUUUCUUUUUCUUUUUUACCACAGAUCAAUUAGUCUCGUAAAGUUCCGAUUAUUUUAUGACGACCGGAACUUUGAUCAAACAAACAUUUUAUAAUUGAUCUUCUGCUGUAACUCAAAUUUGAUCUAUUGGUUUCUUUGCCCAUUGAUGCUUUUUUGUUGUUUUUAUAUUCAAUUCGGUAAUAAUUUUGCGGGGAAAAUUGUCACGAUAUUUUGGUAAAACUCAAACCCAAGAUUUUCUUACGUGCUAUUGGAAAUAAAGUUCAUAAAGAUGACCUAGUCCACUGGACUGGGGCUUCCGUGUAAGAAAAAGGUUUUAAAAAGGCAAGAAAUAUGCGCAGCUGGCGUGGAAUCGGAGUCCUUUAGUGAAAAAGAGUACAAAUGUUGAAUUAUAUUCGUGUUUUGAGUAUUCUUUUUGAGUAGUUAACUUAUUCGGUUUGAUGCGGCAGAGGUUCCAAGUUUUUGUCGAUCAUCUUUUGAGACUUCAACCACCCACAUUUUGGUUGCUUGGAAUAGUUUUUUGUGUCUAUAUGCAAUUUCGAGGUUUUUCCUGAUAUUGUGCCUUUCUUGUGCCUUAGAAUAAAUAAUUCCUCCUAUUUACAUAUAACCAGUGGGUAUGAAUUGACAUGGAUAUCCGGAUGACGCAAAAAACCAGACAACGAAGCCGAUAUACGGCCAAACAAACAAAAAAUCAGAAAACUUACAGGAACUCUAUGGUCACGAACGCGGUUAUAUGAAACAAAAGCGAGUUUUCGGUGACUUUUGAACUCGAGAGGGUCAGAUGUGACUUACGCACGCAGAAUAAACAUGUUUACUAUGUCCUGCUGGGAUGUGAGAAAUUGCACUUGUGAAUGAAAGGAUUAAGGAGAGCUGCUGUCAUUCCUAGAUAGACUUUGACAGCAUGGAUCGCUGAAAGCGGUCGAAAAUUACAUUAUUUUCGAGUUUCGCAAGUAAACAACUGAGGCAAUGGACCCUUAACACUAAGAGAAGGAAGCAAGCAAUUAUGAAUGGACGAGAAAGUCUUUUAACGGAUAUUCCCGUAAACAGACAGCUAUAUUUACCACAAAUAUUCUUCCUACGUAACCUUUUAAGCCGCCUUUUACAACUUCACCUGUUCUUCUAUGAGGCUACAGGCAAAACUUCUUUUUGUUCUAUAGCGUAAAACGAGUGGUACUGCGAUAGUGUGUUCUGUUCUUGACGCCGUUUUUAACGGAUAAUUACCACCUCAUUUUGUUAUUCACCCUAGUUAAUUUAUUUAUAAAAAGAAACCUUCUCUAUAGUACGUUUUACUGUUAUUGUAAUUUUUGUUUUCUGCUCGAUAUCGUUGCUUAAGAUGUUGGCUGUUGUCAAAACUCGGUUAAUAAGACUCCACCGUUCAGGUUGAGUUUUUUUCGUAUGUGGCUUCAAACAAUUACAAGUUUCCAGAAAAUUUCGCGUAAUUGAUUGUAUUUGUUAUUCUUCAUACUAUCCCGCACAUUGAUUUGUCAAGAUUUAAGGGAGAAAUGAUAUUUUGAGAUUGAGGUAUUUCCUAAACAGUUGUUCUCCCAGGAAACCGUCCGCCAUACGCAAGAAUGCAUGGGUUGUGAAUUGGGCAUGCGCAUAUGCGCAUAUUUUUUCGAAGUCGGAACAAUUUUUGAUAGAGACCACAAUAAAACGAUAGAGUUGGCCUGUUUCUUCUACACCAAUUAUUCUAAUCUCAAUUGAGAUUUUUUUCGCCCAAUGUUAAUCUUUCUCUAGCUUCCAAAAAACUUGCAUGUUUGACAUUCUGACUUUUACCGACUCGAUUUUCUUUUAAUCGUGCAAGAAAGCUUUAUUGUGAAUUUUUGCAUAUGUGUUGAGCUCGCAAAGCGAGUCGUAUUUUCGCGUACAUCGUGAAAGCACUUUUGUGUGAAGAACAAAAGUCGAUUUCCAAACUUGUCAUUUGGUGCGAGGCUGUGAGCAAAUCGUAAACAUUACCUAUUGUGUCUGAUUCUCAGCUGUGCAUAUGUACUCCGGCAGUUUUGUUCAUCUGUGGAAGACAAAUUAAGAUGAAAUGCGCUUUCUAAUUGAAUUGCUCGCGGAUGUUGCAAAUGACAUUUCGUAUGUUGUGUUUUUUUCGGAAGUGACAAAUAUUAAAUGCUCACGAGAAGAUUGAGUGGUCGCGCUUCCGCUAAAAUUAUCCUACUCAAACUACUCGGUAUUAUUUUAAUGCAUCCGAUUUUAUAUUCCCACCACAAAAUGCUCACAACUGAAAAUAUUCUAGACCCAAAGUUUAGUUUAACAUGGAUAAGUAGAGGGAAAUUUUCAAGGCAUUUCUUGUAAAUAUGCGUAGGUUUUCGUUUGAUUUUGUUGUACCCGUGCUCAUACACACGCGAAAGAUUACAACGCGUGCGAUAGUUGUAUCAAUGAAGUGUUAAAUCAUUUUUUUUGCUAGAAAAUAGCCCUUUAAUCGAGAUAUAUUGGGGCAUGAAGUUUUUUUAGGUUUCUUUGUUCGCGCUGAAAUAGCGAGGGCCGUUUUUUUGAAGCAGAUGCGUAAUACUUACUUUUUUUUCGAAUAGAAAUUAUAUGAGUGAUACGGCAGAUUUUCGAAUCUCCAUCAUGGGCCAUUCGCAUUCGGAUUUUUACGUUUAUCGUCAACAAUAUGGUGGUAAAUAACCAUUAGAUGUUGAGGAACAGUAUAAACUUUAUAAAACAACCAUUUUUGUUUUCGUUUCCAAACUUUGUAGUCUAGAAAUUUUUCCCGGUACAAGAGAGGAAAGUUUGUUUAUUCGAACAUGUUCGAUCAAUUAUUUUUAACUUCAGCACCAUCUAGUCUCCGUUAAUUGCUCCUAGCUUAGGCGUUGAAAAGGAAUGAAAAGAUUUAACUUUUUGUUGCUCCUUUGAUCGUUGAAUAAAUCCCCUUUCUUUUCAUUUGACUUUUGGUUUAAAUAAUUUCUGAUCUUAAUUUCUGAAUUUUAUCUUGAUUUUAAUUUGCGUCGGGCAAUAACACUCAUUGAGCUACACUUCUCAGAAGCGUAGUAAUCAUAUUUUUUGCUGUUCUCUCCGGCGCCCGGUCUCAGAGUUAUGACUUUUUGAUCAUAUAUUUAUUUGGGUACUAACCUUUUUUUCCGUGGCUGCGUUGCGUGUGAUGUUAAGAUGACUUCAAAGUAAUACUAGUGAAGCCACAGAACUCAUCAAGUCUUUUUAAAACUCAUAUCUCAUCCAACACGAGGUAUUUUUUUAUUCCAUCGCCUUUUGUCCAAUGGUAUAAAUUUUCUCUUGUAUCCUGUAGUUAACGAUAAAAAAACAGAAAGUUACGCACGAACUUCAAUCUACUACGGGUUUUCUUCGUCGUUGCAAAGCGAUUUUGUAGAUUAAUAAACUUGCAUAGACAAGUUGUUCCUCCAGGCAGUUUUCGAUGUUAUGUUUUUCGGUUUUGUUUACUGGCCUGUUGUCUCGUUUAAAUAAUUCUUCUCUCUUUCUUGGCUGUCCUAAUGUUAUCUUCUUCUACGGUAAUUCAUGGAUGUCAUGAAAAUUCCGUGUACUUUGAAUUGCAAAUGAACCGUCUUCGUCAAACAAUUAAUCUCAAUUCAACUGGUUUGUUUUCAGGGGAAUACCAUUUUGUUGAUGAAGCGACUCUUGCUCUGCGAUUCAAUCAUUGGCUUACACAAAACACAUUUCUAAUUAAAAUUUGGAAUUUACUACUCACUCGAAAGCGCGGACAAGCGGGCCUCUAUUUUCAUUUGUCAAGGAAAGAAAAGGUUCUUAUUAGUACACAGGAGACACGAGAAUGUUUAAAUGAUUCCAAAUGUCUCUUUUCAAAGUAAAGGCGAUUCAACAGAUUAAUGGUCCAUUUCUUGCUGGACAGAGUGUCAGUGCAAGUUUAAUUUAGUUAGAAUGUUCAAUUCAUCGCGUUCUCUGACCUCAAUUAGUUUUUAUCACUUCCACGCGAGUAAAUUAAAAAUUUCUCGUCAAUUUUUCUUAAAUUACGAUUUAAUUUGUGGUAAUUCAACCAGGCGAACUCUUGGAUUUCAGUGAAUGCGUUUUGCAUGUUUCUACGCAAAUUUGAGCCUUUUAACGAUUUUUAAAGCUGUCUUGUCCAUACGACAAGAAUCGAACUUGGCCGAUGGUUUUGGAAACGCAUUCAAAUUGUUUAUAACCUUUUUACGUCUUAUGUUAUCAAUGACUUCUUAAUUUCUCCGAGAUUCCUCUGGUGAAAGCUAAUCAAUUGCAAAUCUUACGGACAGAGAUUCUGUCGUAACGUGAACUAAUUUUCCAUAAAAUUGUAAUCGAUCAGCGAAAUUGACCACCUAUUUGAUCAUUUGACGUCUAGAUCCGCAUCAACACCAGCUGGUUGAACGCAAAAUGGCGGUUAAUUAACUUCAAUUUGAUACUAAACCAAGCGGUUUUACAUGCCCCCGACUCGAUGAAAACAAUGUCUUAAGACGCAAAUUACCUUGGCCUGUGUGAUGUUCAGUUUUGUGGAAAGGCACACAUCGUGAGCAAGCGCUUUUCGUGCUGAGUUGCCAACGUUAAUUUAUUAAUUAUAAAUGCCCCCCCUUCCCCCCUUAUACAUUGAUAAAGAUCGCUUACUCUAUUUCAAUACACAAUGGUAAUGAGCUGAAAUCUAUCCUUAUUUACAGAUACGUGGGCGGAAUACUCAAUUUCCAUACGUAGUUCGUGUGCGUUCGCGAACGUGAUUUUUUUGCUUGAGUUGAAAAUGAAGAAAAAAGCUGGUUAUGCUUUAUUGUAUGCUAAACCUUACAAACAUGUAAUGCUAACAUACUAAUGACAUGAUGAAUUUACAGACUUGUCCGACUAUGUUCCGAAAAUUAGCCGAGGGUCGACUGAAUGUUUCACGACACUUCAUAUUCUCGACUAUUCUCGACUAAGAUUAAAUUGAAGAAAGAUGUUUUUUCGUCUUGUCACGAGCUUGGGACAAAGAAAAAUUCUGAGUCCCCACGAGGAAUCGAACCUCAGAACUUCGGAUUCCGCGCUCCAAGGUCGGGGGUUCGACUCCUCAUGGGACUCAGAAUUUUUUCUUUGUCCCACGCUCGUGAUAAAACGUAAAAACAUCUUUCCUUAUUUCUAUACCGAGCUCAAAACUUACCAUCUCUCUUAUUCUAACUACAAAGAUUAAAUUACGUUCGACACCAUAGUGUGUUGGGACAGCGGUUUCAUAUUCACCAUGGGAACGGGAAUUAGGUGUUCGUGGGAAAAAAACUUUUUCGAUGUGACGUGAUGUGCUGUGGUUGCUUUUACACACCACAAUACCUGACAAACCCAAGUUUUGUCUUACGAAGGUUUUUUUUUUGUUUUACUCUUCCGUUAGACAAACAAAGAAACAAACAAACAGACUAACCAACAACAGACACGCCAUCAGCUGAUAUACAUGUUUCAGAGUAAUGUCAGUAUCUAAGCAACUGUGCACCUACCCCUCCCUUAACCUAACAGCAGUCAACUGAUAAUAAGUGAGAUUUUAUGUUUGGUUUGGGGAGGGGUAGGUAUGCAGUUGCUCAGAUACUGACAUUGAACCCGUAUUUCCCUGUUAUUCCGUUCUGGACAAUGUCGUAUCUUUGUCAGUGAUGAGAUUUGUUUUGAAUUAAUGAGAGCUGAUAGGCUGUUUUUCUCCAGUAAUAUUGACCUUAAAGUUGAUUAUUUUUGCCUCAGGGAAUUCUAGCGCUGAUUAAUUCGGCUUUGGAUCCACUGCUUGAUGCGAUCAGCCGUGAUUUGGAAAACCAUAUAUUCAAGAUGCAUUCCGAAGAUUUCACAAGGUGAGUCCAUGCACUUCCUAGAAGCUUGGAAGUUUGCGACGUUCAAACUUCAUCGUUUCUCGCACUUAGGAGGACAACAUGCUGCGAUUAUAGUCAUUAAAAAGUAGUCUAGUAAGAAUUGCAACUUUCGUAGAAGGAAAACAUUUUAUAUUUUCCAACUAUUGUGAUAUAUUUAAGGUUUUGCGUCGACUGAGAGAAAUUGGUCUUUUUUUUUUUAAAUAAAUAACUGCUAUUAUAUUUUUGAUUGUAGUUCCACCUUGUCGCGUGACAUUGCUGAUAACCCGGAUGCGCCAUGUUCUGGUUACAUUCAAGACUUGCAGGUAUGGGCUGAGGAUUACCUUUGUUAACUUUGUUGACCUUCUUUGAACCUUUUAUCUUCUUACUCAGAGGAGGGGAUCCUAUGUGUUUUGUCUUUCAGGAUUUUAUUAUACACGUUCAAAAGAACUACAUUGCACUUUAUGAGUGCAGAGAAAUUCUCUCGCAAAGGUAAGCAACACGCAACCCUUUUUUGAUUCAAUUAUGUGCACCAAAAUUUGUCGACUGAGUCGAAUCUGUGAUCAUCUUAGCCGAAAGGAGAAUAAAAAGGAGGUGUGGGAAAUCAGAGAUUGUGCCAUUCGUCACGGCUGCGUCGCUAUAACCAUUUGACUUCCAGAAAUGAUCUUCUCCUUAAAGUAUUAGUACGCUUUGCAAUAAGCAAAUGAUGAGGAUAGUGAUACGUAUUAGCCAGAAGGAGGCGGCUUGAUAUGGCAUCAAAUUCUCUUCGUUAAUAUAUAAAGAAAUGUCUCGUAGUCAGAGGAGAGAAUUACAAUGCCCAUCGUUGGAUUAAAUACAACGCUACGCAGGCUGCUUGAGUUCAUAAGCUCUCAACAACACUGUUUCCAUGGUAACUGCACAUCUAGUUUUACAGUUCAACAUGCUUCUUGUCUUUAGUUGUUGAAUCCUUCCGCUUUUUAGGUUGGAAGAGAUCGUGUGUCGAACUAUUGAGCUGUUUGUUCGUCACGCCAGUCUACUUAGAGCCAUUGGCGAGGGAGGAAAACUGAAGCUUGCUGCUGACAUGGCUCAGGUAUGCUGUUUUCACAGUUUCAUUACUUAACCAAGGAUUCAGGAUGGGAGUUUUGUUUAGUCUUGCUGUUGUUGAGGUGAAUAACUGCCCGUGUUGACCCAGGUUUCCGAAGUAACUUUCCCCAUUGACACACCUGCAUUCCCAACCACAUUUACUAGGUAACUUACUAUAUUUGUUGUUGUUUUUGUUUUUGUCUAGAUUGAGUUUGCUGUUGGUCCAUUAUGCCACAAAGUGUCAGAUUUAGGAAAGUCCUACAAACUUUUGAGAUCUUUUAGGUGAGAUGUGCGUAAUUGUACGUUCUCCAUCACCCGUGUUUGCUAGACGGAAGGAUAUAACAGUGUACCGACAGGUAGACAGACGGACGGACCAACGUACAUGGACAGACGGACCAACGAACAUGUAGUAAGACAUUCAGACGGACGGACAACUAGACAGACAGGCACGCGGCCAGGCGGAAGGAUAGAGACUCACGGACGAAAUUGACAAAGAGGCAGAUCGAUUAUUCAGCAGUGAGACGAAAAAGGCGGACUAACAAAGAGAGAAACACAGACAGGAAGACUAAAAGACGGUCAGACAAACUGAUGCACAGUUCUACGAACGGACGUUCGUGCGGACAGACGGACGGAUAGACAGACCGACGGACAGAAGUACGGACAUACGAACGGACAGGCGGACGGUCAGAUAGAUAAAGAAACAUUUAUUCGAUGGAUGCUGUCAAGCACACAGCUGCAUCUUCCAAAAGUGUUAAAAUCAUUUCUUUUUUCUAGACCUCUAUUAUUUCAAACCUCUGAAGAUAUUGUAAAUAAUCCGGCCCUUGGAGAAAGUCUUCCUCACAGUGUGGUAUUGCAUCAUUUGUUUUCACGCGCUCCAAACGAACUUAAAUCUCCUCACGAGGUACGUACCUUCAUUUUCCAGCCCUACGGGCUUUCUUUUACACAGACAUCCUUUGAAGUUUCUUCUUUAUUAAGGUUUAUCUCUAAGGGUGCGAAAUUGAUAUCAGAGGGAACGAACUAAAUAUAAAUAUAGAUCAUUUUGAAUUAAGAAACGACCGUUUUAUUGCUACGGUUAGAAAUUAUCAGCCUUAAGACCCUAGUACUUCUGGAGGUGACUGACAUGUUACUUCUCCCUAUAAUAUCCAUACACUGUCCAGCAAAUAGGUAUUGAGAUUACUCCAACCUCUCAGGUAGAAGUGAUCUUGAUCUAGCAACAAAUUCUCGUAACCAACUUACAAGGAAAUGUGUAACAGCUAUAGGGGAGAAUUAACAUUAAGAUCUUAGGGGUUGAAGGGUUAAUAGUAAAAGACUGCCACUAAAAAAAUAUGGUUUAGCCCUGUUAUCCACUUGUGCGCAAUCAAGCCCUCCAUCAACUUAACUCAAGAUUCAUUAAAAAUUGUUGGGCCCACGGUUUAAAUCAUCAUGUAAAUCGACUUCAGUGUUGCUGAUACAGAAAUUUUGAAUCCAGUUUUGAAAGAGAUCCUGGAAACUCGCGCCCCCUUGAAAGAAUUCUUAAACUUAUUGUGACUCGGGAACUCGCGUUCUCUCGCGCGUCAAGCGGUUUGCGUGUCUCUACAUAGAAUUCCUAUGAACUUUCGGUGAAAUUACCUUUGUUCUGACAAGCUGUUGUGACUGCUUUGGCUCAGGUUUUACUAAACUCAAUCGAAAAGCCGUCCUUACGCUGCAUGUAGUAGUAAGUCAGCUAAAAUUAAUUUUGAUUUGUCUGAAGGUGGCAGGAUGGUCAUUGGGUUUCUACUCUCAAUGGUUGGAUGAGCACACAUCAGAGGAAGAGAAACUUGCACUUAUUGAGUAAGGGUGUCAUUCUGACCAAUGAGAAGUUGGUUUAUCCAUGGGGUAGAAUGUUCGUCAUAAUAAUAACUAUCGAUCAGUCAAUAACUUGGUCGGCCUGUCUGGCCGGUCGUUUGGGCGUCUAAGGUUACCCCGUAGUACUUACGGCCCACCCAACUGAAUUUCCACUUGCUCGUUUGUCUAACUGACCAUUCGUCCGUUUAUCCAAUCCCCUCCCCUCUCCCCCAAACCCGCUUUUGUCUAUCUGUCCAUCCGUCUCCUUCUUUCAGUCUGCCUUUUGGUCAGUUAGAAAGUGGGACAGCCAGUUAACUCAGACAUGUUGCCAAUUUUAUUUCAAGCAGUCGGUUGAUUACAGGCGUUAACAAGUGUCUUUACCAUAAGUGACUGUUUAUUUGUGAUUUGCAGAGGCACACUGGAGGCAUACGUUCAGUCAGUCAGAUCGCGUGGAGAAAAAGAAUUUGCACCAGUGUAUCCCAUCAUGCUGAGGAUUCUUCAAGCUGCGAGAGCUACACAGGGCUCCUAAUACUUUGCUGACUGGAAGAAAAACAAACAAACAGACAGACACGAAAACAACAACAACAACAACAACAACAACAUAGGAGCCAAAAAAUAACGUAGCAUAUUCCUGGAGUAUAUUUCCUUACAGCAAGUCUGUGAUAGAAGGUAGAAUUAAGUUAUUUUUUAUUGUUGGUCGACAGAAAGCAGGGAUAUGAUACUGAGUCCAUUGUGUAUAUAGCGCCUUAUGUAGAAGGCACCGAACAUCGAACACUUACUCCUUACAUUCUUGACCCCUUACACCCUAAAAUCAGUAUGCAUAUUCUCCAUACUGUUCUCUGUACAUUUACUAUGGUACUGACAAGGAGAAUUUGUUUAACAAUCAAGAGUUCCUUUAGUUGGUGAUCAUUUCCUUCAUUCUCAUGAUAUUAAUGAAUGAUUCAGUGUAGAUAUUGUAAGGAGAAAUUAGAUGCCAGUCACUUUUGAGGGUUAAAGGGUUUAUUAGUUGAUACUGUCCUUUAAUUGAAACACAUUCCCUAAAUGUUCGUAAGUUCUGUGUAACGCCACCGAAUCAUUAAAAGGGAAAUGGAAAAGGGUUUGGUGGAGAAACGAAGGGUGGUACUCAUGUAUUUAGAUUUAGUAUGUAAAAAAUGAACAGCUAUUGUAAGCUACACACUGCUACUUCAUGUUUAAUUUAUUGAGAAUAUAAUAUUUAGAAAAUUAUAUAGUCGUAAUGUACCGGGAAGAAGCGAUUACGUCAAGAAUAGCCUUUCCGCGAAGUAAGUGCCGUACCAAAGGGGACUUGGAAAGUAAGGCGCUGAAAGGGACUUCUGGAAGGGGACUUGGGAAUAAAAGGACCUUGGAAAAGAGGGACCUAACAGAUACAUGGAAAAUGGAGACUCAAUUGGGGCUUUGAAAAUAUAUAAGUAAAAGGAACUUAGAAUGAAGGGCCAAGUAAGAGCAUAGACAAUAGGAACUUGGAUGGGGCUUAGAAAUCAUAGGAACUCAAGAGGGGCUUGAAUAAAUGGGACCAGUAAGGACCGAACAACAAGGGACUUAACCUGGGCUUGGGAAUUAAGAGGAACUGGGAAUUAACGUGGAUUGUUGAAAAGGGGAUUUGGAAAAGCACCGCUAAAAGUGAAGACGUAGCGUGGAGUCUUGGAAAUUUCUGUGAAGAUUGAAUAAGAUUUGACUAAAACAAGAUUGUAGUUCUUGGACUUAGAAGCCAAUAGAAUAAAGGUACUUGAUAGAACUCAACUUUAAACUUUGCACGCGUGGAGAGUUAGCAGUUAAUGAAAUGUUACACAAAACUAACGGCAUGCGAAAAGGGAAUAUUCCGACGGGUUUGCUUGCUCCCCUGGCGCUGGUUCUGCUGAGUACAUAUUUAACUGAAAAGGAAUGUUUGGAUCUUGGAGUGUGACCUUGGUAUUUUAAUUCUGAGGUUAGGAUGCAAGCUGAGCCAUAUGUGAGAGUUUACCCCCUUAUUGAUACUCUCCUACAUUGUAGACGGCAGAUCAGAUCUUCUUAAGAAUUAUUUUGCUAAAAUAGCACAUUCGCCCAUAUUCGUGAGUUUCCUCGCCUAGUAUAUUCACUAUUAUACACUACUGUACAAACAACGGUGAAGAGGACUUCCUUCCAUGAUAAAAUCUUAAAUGUUUGUCUGUUUUAUCCGGUAAUUAACGUAGUUAUCUACCAGGGGGUCUUGUGAGGCAUAUGAAGAUAUUUACUCACGGCUGA